CCGAUUAGUGCUUCACUGUUUUACUCCCAUCCGGUGACUCCUCCUGAGCGCGGAGUGUGGGCCUGGCAGCUCUGCAGAGCAGCCCGAGAUUAAUUACCCAACAAGCUGAUUUUUAAAAAAAAAUAUAUAAAACUUCCAUCUCAAUCGAGUGGAGCACACCAAGAGUGUGUAGGCCGCAAACUCGCGGCCAGUGUCUGGAGCUAACGGAAGUUCAUUUAAUAAUUAGGGGAGGCCGUGGUUCAUUUGUUUUGGUCGUGGAGUCAAGGUUUCUCGGACUUGUGAACUCUCUGCGUGUUCUUUUGGCUUGGGGGAAGGGGGCUUGUGUAGGCGGAUACAAAGUAGAAGAUGACCACGGUUGAAGAUUCCUUUUUUUCUCCUAUUAGCCUUGUUUCUACUACCAAAAUGGGAAAGAAGCAAGGUAGCAAGACAAAAAAAUCAGAAGAUGUUCAACCUGAAGAAUAUAUUGUCGAAAGAGUGUUAGACAGACGGGUUGUACAAGGAAGGGUUGAAUACCUUUUGAAAUGGAAAGGUUUUACAGAUGCUGACAAUACGUGGGAGCCGGAGGACAAUUUGGAUUGCCCAGAGUUGAUUCAGGAGUUUCUGGAUUCCCAAAAGGCUACCAAGGAGCGUACCGAUGGAUUCAAAAGAAAAUCUGUCUCUGAAAAUGAGGGUGAAGAAAACAAGUCAAAAAAGAAAAAGGAUCCAAAUGACAACCAACCAAGAGGUUUUGCACGGGGAUUAGAACCAGAACGUAUCAUUGGUGCAACUGAUUCGAGCGGAGAAUUGAUGUUUCUAAUGAAAUGGAAGGAUUCAGAUGAUGCAGACCUGGUUCCAUCCAAGGAAGCUAAUGUUAAAUGUCCGCAGGUUGUGAUUGCGUUCUAUGAGGAGAGACUGACAUGGCAUUCCUAUUCCACGGAUGAUGAUGAAAAUUAACUCUGUGUGCAUUAAAUUUAAAGGAAGUUCUGGCAAGGUUUUGCGUAUUCAUGUUCAGAAGUACUGUUAUUGUCAAAUUUAAAAAUCUGCACCCGAAAUAUCAAGUUCACCAUCUGUUUAAUGCCCUUUGACUGCAAGGUGAAUUUCAGCUGGCUGGUUUAUGCAUUGAGAACAUUUGUUACAUUUACUUGGGAUAUAUUGAUUAAAUGCAUAAAUAUCAAAUGUAUUUUUGGUCCUUUUAUUGACAGUAAUAAGGUUACCUUGACUGUUUUGCCAGAAAAAUUGUGCACGUUAAUGGACAGCUUGUUUGCGAUCUGUCUUUCAAAUCCACGAUUAAAUUGCAGUCACCCCAAUUUGAAUCGCUUUGAUAUGAACCUGUUUGCUUAUAUUGUUGACAUUUAAGAAAGCUGAACUGCAAGUGGACACAUGACACAUUAAGACUACAUCUGGACAAAUGAUCAGUCAGUUUCCAACUUGCAGAAUAUUUGGCUUAGCAACAUAUUAUGGCUAUUUUAAUUAUUUUAAUUAUAUCCUAUUUCUAAUGUUACUGUAAUGUUUUGUUGGCAGUUUAUGGAAAUGUGGUUUCAAAGUAUCAUUAGCCAUGUACUAUUGCUCUGGAGUUACUAUUAACUCAGGUUUUUUUGAAUGGAUUAAACAACCAAGAAACUGAUCAGGCACUUCAUAUUCAAUAAAUUUGCUGUUGAAAUGCUGAAUUGAAACUUAGGUACUUGAUCAAGUUGCUAAGUGCCAUUUGACAGUCACUUGUGUAUUACAGCCUGUAACUAUUGUGAAGUUGACUCUGUUCAAGCUUAUAAAUGAUAUGAUCAUGAAGUAGCUAAUCAGUCAAAACAAUUCUGCUCGAAUAUUGAGCUAAUGCAGCAGUUUGUUCUCCAAUGUGACCAGUUCUGCAAUACAUAAGUUGGUUUUGAAAUCUGAGUUAUUUUAUUUAUAAAUUUAGACUUAAGCAAUGUUUUUGUUGAAUCCUUGUACUGCCCAGUUUCUUCUGUAAUGUUUUCACUUUCUUGUUGACUGCUGAGGGAAAAUGUUUAAUAAAACUAUUUUUGUCUUUUUGAGUAUAAA